AUGACCCCGAACCCAGGGAAACGCAGCCGGAGACCAAACCUCAACGGCUGGCUGCGUCCUUCCAACCAGGGCCCCGUGCUUCCCCCCGAUGGCGGCAAAAUCGCCUGGCUCCAAGUGCUGGCGAUGGCAUUGGUGAAUUUCAACAACUUCGGCCUGGUCAAUAGUUUCGGGGUGUUCCAGGCAUACUACGAAACAACGCUUCUGCGCACCAGCUCGCCUUCUUCGAUUGCGAUUGUGGGCACGCUGCAAGGCGCUCUGCUGCUCAUUGUGGGAGUCGUGUCGGGCCCGCUGUUCGACAAAGGCUACUUCAAGCCUGCACUCGUCGUUGCAAGUCUCGGUCUGGUAUUUGCGUUGAUGAUGCUGAGCCUUUCGACACAGUACUAUCAAGUUUUCCUCUCUCAAGGCCUACUCCUGGGCAUCUGUUCUGGAUUGCUCUACAUCCCUAGCAUCGCCCUGAUUCCCGUCUACUUCAAGCGAAGACGAGGUCUUGCACUGGGCCUUGCGACAGGCGGCGGCUCAAUUGGAGGCGUAAUCUAUCCCAUCAUCUUCCGCCGCCUGGUGGUCGAAGUGGGCUUUGGAUGGGCAGUGCGAGUGUUGGGCUUCAUCGCUCUCGUCACAUUAGGGACUGCCGUGGGGUUGAGCAAGCCGAUUGGAGUCAGGAUUCAGCGGAAGCUACUGGAGCCUUCGGCGUUUCGUGACAAGGCAUAUGUCAUGUUCCUUUUCUCUGCAUUCUUCCUCCUGGCGGCCAUGUUUGUGCCGUUCUUCCUGGCCACGGCCUACAGCAUCCAGCAUCUCCAUGCCAACGCGGGACUGAGUUUUUACCUCAUCUCAAUCAUGAAUGCAGCUCAAUUCUUCGGACGCCUGCUUCCCGCAUGGCUUGCCGACCACCGCCAUAGGAUACUGGGCCCAGAAACUUUCCAGUUCGCUGGAGAAGUUUUUAUGGGCAUUCUCGGGUUCGCAUGGGUAGGUGUGGGCAGCUUCGGAGACUUCAUCCCCUGGGUCAUCUUCUACGGCUUUUUCAGCGGGAUGACAGUGACGCUGCCGGCGGUCGUCCUUCCUCACAUCUGUCCGAACUUGGCGGUGUAUGGAACACGCGUUGGGAUGCUCUAUGCCUGCGCGGGUGUCGGGCUCCUCAUAUCCACGCCUGUCGCAAGCGCACUGAAUGCAAGCUCGGGAGGGUUUCUUGGAGCACAGCUUUGGACUGGAGCGUGCUGCCUCGUAGCAAGCUUGCUGUUCGUUGUGACCGGGCUCGAGAUCAGAGAACGCAGGUUGCGGUACGAGAUGGGUAAGAGAGGUAAGCGGGGCCCUCGGGGUCGUGAGAUGGACAUGAACUUCUUCCACUGGGACAUGGUGUUCCGCAUCAAAGAAAAAUUGUAG